AUGGCGAUUUUCCAGACAACCAUGAUGGUCUUCUUGGCCCAUAUCAUUUUCCUCCUCGGCCUGCCGACUGCACUCGUGGGCGCCGUGCCGGUGACUCCCAACGUCCCCGAACUUGCGCUUAAUACUGUCUCGAAAGUGGCGGACUCUGUCACUGGCUCCAGCUCCGGGUUCUGGAUGGCCGAAAUCAAGCGACAGGGCACGUCGCCUUUCAACAGCAAUGCCAACUACAAGGUUUUCCGCAACGUGAAGGACUUUGGCGCCAAGGGUGAUGGAUCCACCGAUGAUACCGCUGCCAUCAACAAGGCUAUUUCCUCCGGAGGUCGCUGCGGAAAGGGUUGUGACUCGUCGACUAUCACUCCCGCCCUGGUGUAUUUCCCUCCUGGUACCUACCUGGUGUCUAAGCCUAUUCAGCAGUUUUACUACACCCAGAUUGUCGGUGAUGCAGUUGAGCUCCCUGUUAUCAAGGCCUCCGCUGCUUUCGCCGGCAUGGCCGUAAUUGACUCCGACCCGUAUGAGGACAACGGUGACAACUGGUUCACCAACCAGAACAACUUCUUCCGCGGUAUUCGUAACCUGGUUGUUGACCUCACUGCCAUGCCCAAGGGCUCUGGCGCUGGUAUCCACUGGCAGGUCGGUCAAGCUACCAGUCUGCAAAACAUUCGCUUCGAGAUGGUCAAGGGUGGCGGCGCUGCCAACAAGCAGCAGGGUAUCUUCAUGGACAAUGGCUCCGGUGGUUUCAUGACUGACCUCACCUUCAACGGCGGUAACUACGGAAUGUUCCUGGGUAACCAGCAGUUCACCACCCGCAACCUGACUUUCAACGGCUGCCAGACUGCCAUCUUCAUGAACUGGAACUGGGCCUGGACCUUCAAGUCUCUCGAUAUCAACAACUGCGAAGUCGGUCUGAACAUGUCUACCUCGCCCAGCAACCAGACUGUGGGUUCCGUUAUGAUGCUGGAUAGCAAGCUCACCAACACUCCCACUGGUGUCGUCACUGCUUGGGACAAGGACAGCGUUCCGAUCGGUGGUGGUACCCUCAUCCUCGACAACGUUGACUUCUCCGGCUCCAAGAUCGCUGUCACUGGCGCUAAUGGUGACUCUAUCCUCGAGGGUGGCUCUGUCGUCAAGAACUGGGUCCAGGGCAACACCUAUUCGCCCAACUCGUCCGUUGGCAAGCGCGCCUACUCUCCCGACUUUUCGGACUCCGACCAAGAAGUUAUCACUGUCGUCGAGACUGUGAUGCACACUGUUAGUGCUUGUGCCGCUACCAAUGGCGGAGCUGCCAGUACCCUCGCCACGAACGAAGCGCCUGCUCCCUCUUCAUCUGCUUCGACCGAAGACAAGGUCACUCCUCUGCCUGCUGGCACUGACAGUGCUGACCGCACAGUCACCAUCUCCUCGCCCUCGGUCUCUGGUCUUCCUGGCAUGGACAACAGCUGGAUAUCUAUCCUUCUUGGCUCCACUGGAUCGUACGAGGGGCCUGUUUCCACUCCCGAGGCCGCUACCGAUGCCAGUUCUGUUGUCGUUCCAUCUGCCAACCAGGUUCCUGCCCAGCCCGAUACCUCUGUCAGCCAGGUCCCUGUCGUUAGCCAGUCCACUGCUACUCCUGUCAUUGUCCAGUCUACCGCUGGCUCUGGUUCUGGUUCAGGCUCUGGUUCUGGCUCCGGCUCCGGCUCUGGUUCUGGCUCUGGAUCUGGCUCCGGCUCUGGUUCUGGUACUGAAACUUCGAGCUCCGUCAUCUCUCAGGGCACCAGCUCUAGCUCUGGAUCUGAAUCCGGCUCUGGCUCCAGCAGUGGCUCCGGUACCUGCAGCUCUCACCAGGCCGUCUCUUCUGCUCGCAUCCAGAGCACUAUGAAGUCCUCUGGCAUGCCCGAGGGUCUCCUUAACAAUGGUGCUGUGUUCGAGCGGUCCAAGCCUCUGUACGAGAGCGUUCCUGCUUCCUCCUUCGUCAGUGUCAAGUCCGCUGGUGCCAAGGGUGAUGGUUCCACCGAUGAUACCGAGGCCAUCCAAAAGGUCCUGAACAGCGCCACCUCCGACCAGAUUGUUUACUUCGACCACGGGGCAUAUGUCAUCACCUCUACCCUCAAGAUUCCCAAGAACAUCCGCAUCACUGGUGAGAUCUGGCCUCAGCUCAUGGCUCACGGUGCCAAGUUCUCGGACGCGAAGAACCCAGUUCCCUUCAUCCAGGUUGGCGAGAAGGGCGAGACCGGCUCCGUCGAGAUGAGCGACCUGAUCAUUACCACCAAGGGCCCCACUGCCGGCGCCAUCCUCAUGGAGUGGAACAUUGCUGGCUCUUCUCAGGGCUCUGCCGGUCUGUGGGAUGUCCACUUCCGCAUUGGUGGUGCUGCCGGUACUGGUCUGCAGAGUGACAAGUGCAAGAAGACCCCCAAGAGCAAGACCACCCCCAAGGAGGAGUGCACUGCUGCCUUCAUGCUGCUUCACGUUACCCAGAAGGCCAGUGGUUACUUCGAGAAUAACUGGUUCUGGACCGCCGACCACGAGCUCGACCUUGAUGACCACUCCCAGAUCAACGUUUACACUGGCCGUGGUGUCCUCAUUGAGUCCCAGAAGCCCGUCUGGCUGUGGGGUACCUCCUCUGAGCACCACCAGCUCUACAACUACCAGGUCUCGAGCGCCGAGAACGUCUUCAUGGGCCUCAUUCAGACUGAGACUCCUUACUAUCAGUCCAACCCCACCGCUCUGGUACCUUACACCCCCCAGAAGUCCUGGAACGAUCCCGACUUCUCAUCCUGCAUAACUGCGUCCUGCCGCAAGGCCUGGGGUCUCCGUGUCAUGAACUCUUCGGAUCUCUUCAUCUACGGUGCUGGUCUUUACAGCUUCUUCGAGAACUACGGUCAAUCCUGCCUCAACUCCGAGGAUUGCCAAGAGAACAUGGUCGAGGUGGACUGCUCCGACGUCCACAUCUACGGUCUCAGCACCAAGGCCGCGGUCAACAUGGUCACCUCUUCGGAGGGCAAGAGCAUGGUUCCCGAGGCCGAGAACACGAGCAACUACUGCUCUACGAUUGCUCUGUUCGAGCAGACGGUUUAA